AUGACUAUGGGAGGGGCCUGGGAGCGCUUUACGCUGAGGUCUCAACCAAUCAGCAGAGUCCUUACUCCGUCCAUUCCACAGAUGAGACCACCCAGGGUUGUGGCAGUGCUGGGAGACACGCGGGAGUCUGGCCACACACCUAGCUUCCCCGCAGAGUCCGGAACAGGAGGCCAGACCUCCGAAGGCAGGGAGAGACUGAAGCCUCCCCAUUCCCGAGGUCCCUCCCAAGUCUCCACCACCCCGGCCUCAAAGGCGCAGGCCCUCAGUCUCCAGGAAGGCCUCUGGCAUCCUGCUUGGCAGGGACCGCACAGGCCUUCGGAGCAGGACGUGUCAGGCUCUCCCAUGAGGUGGCUAAGGAGUCAGGACAGGACAUCCUCUUCUGCCUUUCUUUCCAGGUGUCCGAACCCGUCCGAUCUUCUGAAAGCCCCCCAAGCCCGCAUUUUCAUGAUCCCACUGACAGAGGUGAGCCCCGAGGCUCACAGAGGUGAGAUGACCUCGCUGAGGACAUGCAGCUGCCAAGGGCCAAGGGAUGAGUGGGGGCCCACCUUCCCAAUGGCAUCUCCCCCCGGUCUGGAACUGAAGACACUGAGUAAUGGCCCCCAGAUCCCAAGGAGACCAGCUCCUCUGGGCCCAGCGGCUGCGUCCAGGGAGGGUGUGGAGAACAUCUGUUUUUCCUCAGAGGAGCACGAGACCCAUUUCCAGAACCCAAGGGACACCAGACUGGGUAGAUCCCCCAGUCCCCCAGCGGGGGGCUCCUCACGGCCCCGAUCCCAGCGAUCCCAGCGGGACGAUCUAUCCCUGCGUUCUGAAGAGGGGCCGGGCCUGGAGCCUGUGAGCCGCCCAGUGGAUUACGGCUUUGUUUCUGCUCUGGUUUUUCUGCACAGGGGUUCAUCACUGACCACGUCUGUCAGGUCUCGGGCUGAAAAGGAUCCGGAGAACACCAGAGGUCAGGCGGGCCUGGACAAAGGACACCGGCUUCCAGAGGCUGGGCUCCCUGCUCUUGCCAGAGUUCAAUACCAUACUCAGACAGAGCCCAUGCUCCUUGGCUCUUCUUGGCCGGGCCCUGAGGGGCACAGAAUUACUCUGUAGGUAAGUACCACACAGAGCCUCGAAAUUUCAUUCCUUCCUUUGCCCCCAUUCCUAGAGGUGGCCACACACAGAAGCAGACACCAGAAUGUUUUAGAGUACGAAGGGUCCCCUCACAUUUCAUAGACAACAAGAAGGCCCCGCAAGGGGAAAGCCCUUAGGGUCAACUCAGUAAGUUAGCGGCAGAAAUGAGAUCAGCCUUCAGGUCUGUUUAUUCUGCUUCAAGGCUUCCACUGUCUUAGGUACAGAUGGACUGAGGACGCACACAGGCGGAACUAGGUCCCUUCUCGGAAUGACGCAGGCUUUUUGCAAUAUGCCUGCCCUUGUGAAAGUCAUCCUUGUGGCCCUACGGGGUUUUCAAUCCCUCAUUUUCGGCCUUGCAGCCACACUGGGACCCACCUGAGUGAUGUCAGGAACCAGAAAGCAAUUUAUGAAGGGAUGGGGCCUAAGAAACAAGAACAGGCCCUGGGUAGGAGAAGUCAUUUAGCCCCACAAAGAUUUAAACUCUAAAGUCUCAGAAAUGGAAAGAGCUGGGCAGUAAAGAACAGUGGGAGACUGGCAACAUGAUUUUUGUAUUGACAUUUGGUUCUUAUAAUAACAUCCAAAAUGUGUUCUGUUCUUAUAGCGCUACAGCUGGGACUGCAUCGGGCUGAGGGCAGAUGUUGCCGGAGUCUCUCUUGAGAAGUGUGGGGGAGCUGGUGGGGAGAGAGACGCACACAUUGGUUUCUCUUUGGGACCUAUAUGCAGCUUGGUGGAGAGCUGCAGCAGGUGCCUUGGUUCUGACAGGGGGUGGGGAGGCAAUCCCAGCCGGCCCGCAAACACAUGGGCAGAGUCCCUCGCCCCCAGCCCUCAAGAACACAAUUGCUGAUGGGGCGGCGGUGGCAGCUCCAGGACAGUGGAGGGAAGGCUGGGAUGUUACAUUCUUGAGGCCUUCACAGGUACAUGUCAUCGAAGCCCGGCGGGGGGAGAUGGUCUGGGUUGGGUCUGGAAUGGAAAGAGGGGCUGGUGAGUUGGGAGUGAUAGAGGGGCUGGGGCACACGGGCAGAUGGGCCCUAAGAGCAGAGGGAGCCUGUCCUCCAGAAUGAAGUGCUCUGUGGGCCGGAAGAGCAUGUGCUCUACAGUCAUGGCUUGAAUCCUGACUCUCCCACCUGGGAGAAGUUAAUUCAUUUUUCAGGGCCUUGAUUUCUACAGGAUGUGAAUGGAGUGUUGCUAUCAGGAUCCAACGAGUUCCCGACACAGACUAAACUUCAGGAAGCGUGAGGAGCUCUUCCUCCUGAGUGCUCUCUGAAGGGGGCUGGAGGCAGGGAGGCACUGAGGGAUGGGGAGCUCCAGGGAAGCAUCAGGCAGGGGCCUGGAUGAGGCCCCACUCCCUUGGAUGGAAGGGGGAUGGAGCCAGGGGCACCUCUGCGCCUGCAGUCAGACCCCUCAUUCCUGCAAAGCUGAGCGGAGCUGCCAUCAGGCCCUGCUUCGCAGCAGGCCCGAGUACCUACCCAGAUGGACUGGUCCCAAUGGGUCCAAAGGGGUCAAAGCGUGCUCCUGGGGGCACAGCGCCUGGAGGAAGACGGUUUGGGAGGCCCGAGGAUGGGUCAAUGAGUGCUCUUGGGAAGCCAGUUCUCAGGGGAUCCACAAUCAUGCCACCUCUCCGACACCUGAGGCAAGAAGAAAAGACAGGUGAGCAGGUGUGGCAAGAAGCUGCUGAAGAAGAGGCGAAGGAGGUGAGAGUGGACGAAGAAUGCCCCGAUAGCUCCUCUGGACAGCUCAAGCAGACAGAGGUGGCUGGUUACCUGAGUGCCAGCAGGAAGCGGGCAAGAACAAGAGCACACCAAGAGCACACUUUUCCUGGAGCAUGCGGCCUGUCCUUUGAGAUCUCCAGGCUCCCUGAACCCACAAAACAGAGAUUGCUGCCACAUCUUACAUCUAAGGGGGACAAUUUGAACAAGAACAGGUGCCAAAACUUGCCAAGGUCAAUGCAGAACCAUCUCAAGGCUCUGCAGGGCACUACUUUAGGUCUACAGACUAGUAGUAGCAGUGAGACGAUUCAUGACGCUGGCUUUCCUGUGGUUUCCUUAGAGGGCCUCGGGGUGAUCUAUGACUCCACCACUAGGGCCAGUGGGGCCAGCGGGUGACAGAAGAGCUUGCCUGCCCAGCUUGCUCGGCCCUGCCCGGCAGCAGAGAUCUCCACAAAGCUCCAGGCACGGCAGAGCCGAAACAGGAGCAGGGACUUCACAGCAGCUCAGCAACAGUGGCCUCCUUCACCCCAAAGGAAGACUGACACAAAGCUCUAAGAUUAGAAGAUGAGCCGGGGCUGAAAAGUCACAAAAGAAGUAGGGUGUGUUGCUGCCCCCUCCCCAGCAGCACUCACCCGAAGGGGUCCAGAUCCUCUCCCCCGACAGCAAACGGGCCCAGGGGAUCACACCUGAAACAAACAAGGGGCAAUUACCACAAGUCCCAAAGCAGUCAGGCGCCUGGGUUCCCAGGGGCUUAAAGCCAACGCCUGUGGGGUCACAACGACACUCCCAGGUAUGAGGACAGGGGACACCCCUACCUGAGACCAUUAAACAAGGGACACUUCAAAGUGGUCUUCCACACAGACUAACGCUGAUAAUGAACACAAAGCGAGGAGGAUCCACUUAUAAAUAUAUUAAAUAAAUAAAAAUAUUAACCGUGGUAUCCUCCAGAUAAAUUUUGUUUACACUUUUCUCAAGUUCCUAAACUUUAUGUAAAGAACCAAGAACUUUUAGCUCAGAAUAUACUCGAACACUAAAACCAGAGCUCCAAGACUAAGAUUUGAGAGCUUUCAGGAUGGAGUGAGAUGGGUGACCACAAAGCCAGAACAGGGCUCCGCAGCCUUUUUCCUUGAUGGCCUCUGUGUGACACUUCAAUCCCACAGACCCCGUGUGUCUGCUUAUGCAUUGCAGUCCAUGGAGGGCCAAAAACCACUGCCCCCCCAAAGAGUUUUUCACCCCCAUAUCAAAAGCCCAUUUUUGCUCUCACUGGGAAUGCACAGGCUAGGAUCAUUAAGCGAGGGCGUGCUUUCUGGAGGCAAUUCUAUACUGGCUAACAUAUAAAUCAUAAUAAGCAUCUUUCAAAAGUCUUAGGUAUCUUCACACUUUUUGACACAACAGUUUCAUAUCUAAGUCUCCAUCUCAAAGAACACAUCAUUCAAAUUAAAGUAUCACCACAGACUUUAAUCAAGGGAACUGGAAUUGGCCUAAAUAGGGACCAGUUAGGCACAUUAGUUUAUCGCUGAAUGCAAUUAUGGGGACAAUGUUCUUAGUUUUAAACUGAUAUGAAAAAAAUAUUUAUGCUCUAGUGUUAACUGUGUGGGGGAAACGGACAGUCUAGGAGUAGCCUAGGAAAUCAACCAUGAGAAAUGUGUGUGUGGGUGUGUAUGUAUAAAUAAAACUAGAAAGAAGCACAUAGAAAAUAUAAACAGCGAUACUUACUCCUGGAAUGAUUAUCUUUACUCUUUCCUGUUUUUUUCUAUAAAGGAUAUGGAUAUAAUAAAACAAAAAAGAUUUAGAA